ACCUGAGGUGCCACCCUGGCUCAGUCCGCCGGUCCGGAAGAGGAGGGACCAGACUCCAGGGCCAUCACCCUCGUGGCUGGCAGUCCGCGACGCACCCAUGGGGUCGUCUGCGUCCAAGGCUGCCCUCGGGGCGACCACCGAUGAGCCUAUGGAGCCCAAGGCGAAACACCUGGCGGACCUCAUUCAGUACAUAAAUGGAACAAACAUGAGCGUGGAUCAUUUGGCUGAUGUUCUUUCUGAAAAAACCGGGAACAGCAGCUGGGUGGUAGUAUUCAAAGCCCUGGUUACUGUCCAUCACCUUAUGGUGCACGGAAAUGAGCGUUUUAUCCAACAUCUUGCAUCUAGAAACUCCUUGUUUACUUUACACAACUUCCUGGAUAAAAGUGUCAUAGAAGGCUACACCAUGUCAACCUUCAUCAGACGAUACAGCAGGUACUUGAAUGAGAAGUCUCUCGCGUACAGACUGAUUGCAUCUGACAUCACCAAAACCAAGAGAGGGACGGACGGUACGAUGAGAACUAUGGAUACAAAGCAGCUGCUAAACACUCUUCCAGUCAUUCAAACGCAGUUUGAUGCUCUUCUUAAUUUUAAUGCAAACCCUGAUGAGCUAACCAAUGGCAUAAUACAUGCUGCUUUCAUGCUUCUCUUUAAGGAUUCUCUUCGCCUCUUUGCAGCCUACAAUGAGGGUAUCCUUAAUCUGCUAGACAAAUAUUUUGAUAUGAGAAAAAACCAAUGCAAGGAGAGUUUGGAUAUUUACAUCAAGUUCCUUGAAAGAACAGCCAAACUGGCACAGUUCCUGAAAGUUGCAGAGCAAGUUGGAAUUGACCGGAAUGACAUUCCAUAUCUUACACAGGCACCCCAUAGUUUACUUGAAGCACUAAAACAACAUUUAGCUUCUUUGGAAGAGAAAAAUGACAGUUGGUCUCCUUACAGUCUCCAGCAUGCACUGAUCCCCUCUAUACCAAAUAAUCCAGUUGUGAAUGCUUCAGCAAGUGGAGCUUGGUUUGCAGCCCACAAAUCUGUUGAAGCCAGACAGCAACAUGGAAAAAUCACAGCAAAAAAUCUGGAUGGCUCACUUGUAAACCCUGUAGGAAAUCUUAACCUUGGAGAAAGUCCAGUCAACAGAUUGGACAUGGAGUGGCCCCAGCCCUCAGAGAUGGAAAUUGCUGGUGGAAUGAAAUGGCAGUUGAAUACCUACACCUGCACAUCAACCCUCUGGAAACAUAUUUCUAUUCCUCCUGUUCCCCACAUGGUAUUGCCUCCAGUGGGCUAUCCAGUGACUUCACAGCAAGUGCCUAUGUAUAGAAUGGUUCACACUCCAAAGGGAGCUCUUUUCUUGAUGGCACCCCAACCCAUGAUUCAUGUGCAACCAGGCUCAAGGACCAGCAAUUCUGCUCCAUCCACAAGAAAUAAUACACAAUCCAUGUAGAAGUACCAAAGCGAAAGUGUUCAGAUUCAGAGGUGAACAAAAGUGAUCUCUCUACAGCCUGAACUGAAUCAUCC